CCGCCGAAAAGCCCUCUCCCGCGCACGCUCUUCCGGCCCCCCGCUCCCAGAGGCGGCCGAGCCCGACACUUUCGUUCCGGGGUCUGUGAAGGCCGCAGAGGAACCCGGCGGCACUUUGCGGCGAGCGCCCGCCCGUGGAGGGGCUGGAGCCGAGCGAGCGGCUAACCAUGUCUUUAAAUUCGUCUGCACUUUUAAAUGAAGAAAACCCUCAAGGACCAAAAAGAAAUACUGAACGUUUGGAACGUCUAGAAUUGCAGACUCCAUCGUCAUUUCAAGAUAAUCCACUUCAACAGUUACAAUUGGCAUCGCACGAAGUACUUGAAAAGGCCAAAAAGAGUGGGAGAUCGAAAUGCCCCCGCUGCAGUAGUUCACGGAUGUUUUAUUGUUAUACAUGCUUUGUUCCUGUUGAAACUGUCCCUCCCAAAGAAAUUCCAACUGUGAAGUUACCUUUGAAGAUUGACAUUAUUAAACACCCAAAUGAAACAGAUGGCAAAAGCACCGCUGUGCAUGCUAAGCUCCUGGCACCUGAUGAUGUUACGAUUUAUAAAUACCCUUGCAUUCCAGAAUAUCAAGAAAAAAGACACGAAAUAGCACUAAUAUUUCCUGGACCCAGUUCCAUUUCAGUAAAAGAUAUUGCUCUCCAUCUCCAAAAGUACACUAAGAAAAGUGGCUGUGGUAAUGACGAUGACUGUUGCAAAGAGCCGUUUCUUAAGCAAGCAAAAAUAGAACCUAAAGAAGAAGAAAAAAAUGGAAAUGAAUGCAUCUCAAGCAACAGGAGUGAAGGCACUAGACUGAAGAAAAUAAUAUUUAUUGACAGUACCUGGAAUCAAACUAACAAAAUAAUAACUGACGAACGACUUCAAGGCUUGCUGCAAAUUGAGUUAAAGACAAGGAAAACUUGCUUUUGGCGUCAUCAGAAAGGAAAGCCAGAUACAUACCUUUCCACAAUAGAAGCAAUUUAUUAUUUCCUUGUGGACUAUCAUCAGGAGAUUUUGAAAGAGAACUACAAAGGACAAUAUGAUAAUCUGCUUUUUUUCUUUUCAUUUAUGCACACGUUGAUUAAAAAUGCCAAGUGUUGUGCAGGAAAAGUGUAAGCUGUCUGUCUAAAGAGUUGCAGCACGGCCAUGCCAGUGGUAACAGAGCUGGGAUCUUCCUGUGCUGCUGUCAUUUGCACCAGUGACCAGAGCCAAGUCUGUAUCUGAGACAAAAAGGAAAUAUAUUACAAAACGUGUUAUUAUGAAAGGAAAAGCCACUGCUUCAAGUUAUCAAGACAACACCAAAGCACAGUAAUCAAGCCUACAAUAAACAAUGACAGUUUGUUGUUUCAUCCGAAUGAAAAUAUUAGAUCCAUCUGUUGGUGUUCAAACCUAGAAUUGAAUCUUGGCAGAUACAUGUGCUAAUGAAAACUAUUUAAAAUAUUCUGUGCAUUCUCCGCGUAAGAUAUCACGAAAAUAAAUACUCUUAAGAUUUAAGAGGGAGUCUUACACAAGGCUCUUGUGAGGUUGCUAAAUAGAUCACAUAUGUGCAAUCGGAGGAUGACGUCCAUUAUGUUAUAAUGUAGUUUAUUUCAACACUUCGCACUUAUGGUUCAAGUCUACAGUCUAUUCUGUUCAGUUCCUCAUCUCCAUGGCUCCGCAUGCAAGAAGCGCUCCAUGUACCCACAAUCCACUGUCAAUCCAGCAAUUAAUGGUUUAGCAGUCCAAGAGAUUCCGCAGCUUGGGUGAAGAUGGCAGAGCACAGCUCUCAAAAUUGCUAAUAAUUCCUCAAACCUCUAGCCCCAGUGCUUAUGAAUGGCCUAUUGCCAGGCUAUUGAUCAAGAAAUGGGCCUUAGUUUAGAGCUGUAGCAUCAGCAGUAUCAACUAGAUCACCCUUAUCCUCAUAUUCAUUCAACCCUUCAAGGAACUCUUUAGUAGGUUUGGGAAACGUGACAUCCCCAAAAGCCACAGGGAUUCCCCACGUGCCUACCAAUUUAUUUUUUAUUAAGUUGUUCACAGUUUGCCCAGUAAAUUCAAGCUUAACAGUCUGUACAGCUGUUCAGUCUCCUAGAGUCCUUAUUCAAGUCAGUAUCACAUUCCAGCUUCCCUGUCUCUUACCCAUCUAAGCGCAGGGCUGGCCGUGCGUCCCCGAAGCCUGGCAGCCACACACCGCAAGGAUGUUCUGCCCGUACCUUUAGUAUAACUUCUGCAGCAGCCCUCCAAGUGACUGAGAUGCGUGAGCCAAAGGAAUUUAGUGUACUGUUACACGGAGAAUAGCUUCCAGGUGUAAACCAACCACAGGUCUGCUUUGAGCAAAGAGGAAUAAAACCAGUCAAACACAGAAAUGUCUGUUUUCCUGGCAGUUUUUAAGUUCUUAAAAUGUGCAAAAUUUGAUGUCAACAAACUUACAUCAUGAGAUACAACAACACAAGCAGAUUAGCUUCAUUUACAGCAAUGAAGCUACACCUAUUUCAGGUUAUGAAAAGUAGAUAAAAUGAUCUUGCAUUUCCAGACUGAGUUUACAGGAUGGACAGUGACUCAAACAUUUUAAGGCUGUCAGUUGAAAAGGUUUGAUAUGGAGACAGUGAAUUCAAGAUCCCAUGGUACUAAAUUCAGCUCAUUAACCCAAGCUAUCACCUGCAUAUUUGCUCAGAACCAAACUAUAUGGUUUGACUCCCAUCCUUUAAGCUGGGUCCAGUGAUGCAAAGCAGCUCUAAAACAGAUAAAGCAGCAAAGAACUCUUACGUGAAGGAAAUAUGGCCAGUGCAAGGUGAUGCAAAGAUCUGAAAAAGUGCUGUUGAAAUUCCCAGAUCCCUGCCUGUCAUCAGUGGCCUAUGCAGUCUCUGCUUUACUAGUUGGCAGCCUCAGAAGGAGGGCGCAGGCCCAGAGGUGGUAUAGAGCUAUAUUUGCUUUUCUUCCCGCUGCUACAGAUCAUGUGCAUCUCCAGAGAAAUGAUCACAGCUGUUACGGCCUUCCUUACUUAUGCAGAGUGGAAAUACAUUAAGAAAGAUGUGCCAUCCUCACAAACUUAAGACUUACACAGAAAAACAAAAUCCAAGAGAGAAUAGAGUGAAAAUUAGAACCACAAAUCAUUAACACCCUGAACACUGUUUUUUGUGUGUGUGUGUUUAACACUGCAGCAUUCAUUCCAAAUUCACUAUUUUAUUGCAAAUAAAGCCUCUGACCCUUUUAAAAAUAAUUUCUUUAAUCUUCAGGGGAAGAGUAUAUAAACAUCUUGACUAGUAACAAAUUUCUAGGACUUUGAGUGUUUUCUGUUGGAUUUUUUAAAUGUGACUAUACAAAAACAACAGCACUUAACAUUGCUCUCUACAGCAGCCUGCUUUGCUAGGGGAGGCACUUUGGCAGUUUUCUUCCAUUUUUUCCAUAUCCUUCUCCUUUCAGAGGCCCCUCAUCGUGAUGACCCAUCCAUUUGGCUAAGGGCUGCACGCAGCUGCAUCUAAAAGGAGCCAACUGUAAUCUUGGGUCAGCUGGAGAAGGCUGCUUGAUUCCAGCUGUAGGUACACACAGCACUGCCAGCGCCUGUCGCUCGGGGAGAGAAGACCCACGGCUCCCCUCGGGGUUCUGCAGAGGUACAAACCAGAGCAGCCAGCUACACAGCAAGUGCUCAAUAGCUUCGGUGCAUAAGAACUAGUUUAAGUAUUUUCUCCUAUAUAUUUAGAGACAUAGUCUUUUGUUCACAUGUAUUCAUUAAAUACUCCUUUUGCAAUUUGUUAUAAUGAAAGAAGAAUGAUUAGCUGCCACGUUUCACCUCAGGAGCUAUGCUGUCCUGUGGACGAGGUGUGUGAAACCUGAAUGUUUCCUGAUCUCCGUUAAUAUUUUCCAUGUCUAGCAGUCCUACAGAAAUGAAACUCUCCUAAAAUACCAUGACACAAAGCUUUUUGGUUUUAUCGCAAAUUGAAAAUGAAUGCUGGCCAAAGCUUGCCAUUCUUAGAGAAAUCUCAGCCUGAAUAGCUGAUUACCCCACAUGAGUGUUGGCAGUGCCGGCUUACCCAUUUUUAGGAAAAGCAAGAGAUUUUUUAUUUUAUGAGAAUUAGCACAACGAGAGAGGCCCAGUGAAGUAACUUCAUCUCAUAUUUAUUAGCUAUAAAACAGUGCCAUUCAAAAGGUUAAAAAAAAAAAAUCAAUUUAAGAUUUAUGCCCAAAUUCUUUGUAUUUCCACUAUCCCCAGGUUAUGCCAGAGGCCUUCACUGCUUUUUAAGAUGAGAAAAACUCCUGGCAGAGUUCACGGAUGUAAAGUGGGGCAUUGUUCGUUAAGGUCUAAACAUGAAGAGCAGGUCAGACUUACACAGUAGCUGGAAUAUGUAUCAAUAGUAAAUCCUCAAAAUUCCAGCAUGUGACAAAGGUUGUAAACGUGAUGAAAUUAACAUUAGCGGCGUAGUCUUAGGUCUAGGGCCUUGAUGAACACUCUUGCCCUGUGCUGUAUCAUUACAAAAGGAUGGGGACGGCAGUACUGCCAAGACAUAUGCUGUAUUAUCAAGUGUGAUACUUUACUUAACCAAGGUUUUUCAUUAGAACUAUAACAUCAAUAUAGUUGUAAUUCACUACAGCAGGAAGCAUUCAGCUUUCACUAACACCAUAUACAUACAGGACACUGUAUCAAAUGGCUUUACUAGUGACAAAGGGGCACCAAGUCACAAAAAUGUUAUACUUUGAGUACAUUUGAACAAAAGGUUUCACUGCAAAUGUAGGGAAGAAGAAAUACAACCUUGUAUUUUGUGAUCAAACCUUUCUUAUAACCUCUUCUUAGUUUAUAUUGUAUUUUUAGUGUCUAUAAUGCAAUUUUCCAAGUCUCUCACAUAUUUCUACAUCACUAAAAUACCAGUUAAUACUUGGCAUUAGUCUGCAACAGACAGGAAAGCAAAAUCUGUGCCCUGAGACACUUCAAAUCAAGGAUAAAAGUUGGCGUCAAAGACAGCAAGAGUAAACUUGUCAAGGUGAAGCUGGGCAAUGCUUUUAUAACGUGCACUCAAGGUAGCUCGUGUGUAAAUGACUCUGCUGGCUCAGGCUUUCAAAACAGAUUUCAAGGUAAAGAAAAAUGGUACUCUUGGAAAGUUCAGGACACUCCAGCUUCUGAGGUAGCAUAGCAUAUACACAGGAACAGAAAUUAUUAGGCAUGAAGUUGAGUAAUGACUGUAGAGGUCUGUAUUUACAGGCAAAGCCUGGGCAGGAAUGACUGUUACCAUCAGACGAGACACAGGUGGCACAUAAGGAAAAAAAGAGAUGUUUAACAGUUUUAGUAUUUGUAUAACAAGUAUGAAUUGGAUAGAUCAAAGGAAAUGGAAACAAGAGUUUAACAUGAUUAAAGUGACAGUCAGUGAAAUACACAGAGUGUUAUGCAAGAACCAAGGUAGCUUGAAAAGCCUACUAUUGAAUAACUGAACAACAUAUGAACUCUCAUCUGGAGUAGUGAUAGAACUAGAAUACUUUAUCUUUUCAAUAGCUUGGUCUAGUUCAGUUUCAGUGCAAGUUCCAAAAAAUUCCCAUAGGUUUCCUUCCUGCUGUAGAUGCUGUGUUAUAUCCACCCAAAAAUGGCAUUUGGCAAAGAUCUGAUCAUGCCGUAAAUGUGAGCAUAUUAAAUGAGCACACUAGUCAAAGCAACACUUCUGAGUCCGUUAGAAGAAUCCCAAAAUAAAUAGUUCAUUUGCUGUAAAUUCCCAUGUAGAUUUUUUGGGAAGCAGACUGCAUUGUUCUUCAGCUCAUUGAGGUUUAGUUGAACAGGCUGUGAAGCUGACACAGCCAUGGUUCAACAGUUCAGUAUUGCAUGGCCUUUUUUUUAAUUGAAAGCCUCAGAAUCCCACUUGGCGUAAAAAUCACAUAUUUCAAGCAGAUUUUCAGAUACACCUUGGAGAAAACCUUGGUUUUCUGCCAUUUUUAUACAAUUUUUCUUCUCCCUAAACUACCUUAACAUUUCGCCCAAGCAAAACAGAUUUGUUCUUUGUUCAAAUAACAUCUCCUCUCUUGCUUGUUAUGAAACAGCACAUUUCCCAUUUCCUCAAAGUCAGCUGCUGGGUGAGAUCCUUCCAUGAAGGCCAUUCAGCAUUUUCUAAAAUAUUAACUCAGAUUGUUGGUUUUAUGAGUAAGUCGCACUGCAGUGAGCACUUUGCCUGGCUGUUGCUAAAGUUCACUUGCCAGAUUUAAUGUACUAGGAACUGUUUACAUACAGAAAGGCAACAACUCAGGCAAAGCUAUCCAAGUUCUCUUACAAGACCCCCACUCCUAUCUGAAAGAAUGAACUCUCUCAGACCAGCCGUUUGACCUCCACGCUGACAUGUGAGUGCCAGUCAAUGCUCAGCCUCCCAUGCCCACGGCCAGCAGGAAUUGAAUUGUUAGCGUAUCUACGCUGCUCAGCAAAGCGCCUCGUGGAAGUGCUUGAGCAAUGGGUUAAGCAGCUACUGAAAAGCAGAGUACAAACAGUGAAGGGCUCUUCCUAGCACAUAUAUCCUGCUUGCAAUCUUUGAGCUCCGCAUCACGCAGCCCAGACAUAUUCCAAUUCCUUUGCUGAUCUUGGCAUUUAAGGACUUCAUUUGCGAAAUCCUAGUUCUAGAAAAACCCAGACUUCUAUCCAGUUGUCAUAACUUUUCAUUACUUACUAGCAAUAUGAGGAAAAUUCUGCCAGGGAGCCAGUCCAGUCAUCCGGUCUCCUGCAACAUCUUAUUUCUACAAGUUUCCAAAGUAGAUGCCCCAGACUUAUUUCACACAGAAAAGGGGACAAAGCAGUGGUAUUUCCUUACCACACAGACAACACAUGACAGGAUACCUCCAUCCAGAGGAACCAGCCCAGGCACCCUCAGUCUUCAGCACUGUUGUCAAGAAGAAAUCCUUCUGCACGCCAGACUCAGCCAGAGUAACUGUUUGGUAUUUCAGUAACAGGCAUAUCUGCUCCACUGCCAGUCUCUGCAAUUUAGUAAACACUACAUAAGAAUAUUCAGUUCAUAUUUCAAUAAAUUGUUUCACUUAUUUCAUAUUUAGGAGCUAUAUGAAAACAAAAGUUCAAGCACUCAGUCAGCAGAUGAUCAUUACCAACUAUCAAUCAUUAUUGGGUCACAUCAGUAGAUACACCUCUAGAAUUUUUGCUGAAAGAUUACACAGCAAUAAUUGGAGCUGAAAUAAUUUGAUAUGUUGCAGGACAAGACUCUUACUGCCUUAUUUCUUUCCGAAACCAGUCCACGGUUACAGCAAUGGCUAGGGUUACAUAUACACCUCCACAUCUUUUACAGCACUGCUGCUGGCUGAAAAGUUCCGGAUCUCCGCAGUGUGGUUUGUGGGAUUCUGCAGCGUGUCUUGCAGACUUGUUACAGGAUUUCUAUAGGGCUAGCUAAACACUCUGCAGAGUGCUUUGUUGAUUCCUCAUAAUUCAGUUGAGAAAAUAAAUGAGAAGUUAAAAAAAAAAAAUCAAAAUAUUUCAGUGCUUUUUUUUUUUUUUCAUUUCAGAACAACAUUUGACUUUGACAAAACUUAAGCUUUUUAUAAGCAAUUCAGAUCUUUCACCCUAGUUUAUACUCGCCCUUCGCUAAGAGUGAUGCUUUUUGGGAAUUCAUGUACUUUCAUCAUCUAUUUUCCUAUCCUCUCAAAGAGUAGUAAAUUAAGCAAUAACACUUCCCAAGGGUGCUGAGAUUUGAGUGCACAUGAUGUGCCAUGCAGAGCCAUGGCUAUAGACAUCUGUGUAAGCACUUCUGCUGAGGAUUUUGAUGCUCUUACUGCUACUUGCUCUUAAGUCUCUGACAUCCCAGUUCUACCAAGAGCAUUCCCAAAUCCAGAAGUGUUCUGACUAGCCAACCUUCCAGCACUCCUGCCCAGCACACAACUGAGCCCAAACGCAUCAGCUGAAAAUCAAAUUAAAAUAUGAACACAUAGUAUUGCUGCACUUCAAAGCCUUAUUCUUCAUAAAGGAACGUAAAGGCAUUGAAAGCUCCAGGAGGACUGAGAACCAAUAAUUUAAAGUUGAGAAAGAUUUCUUCUUUAUUAAUGCAAGUGAAUAUCCAUUUCUGAUUAGAAGACUUCCACACAUUCCUCCCUUCACAUUUUCUGGUUUCCGUAUUUCUUCAUGACACCAAUCCACCAAGGAACCAUGAAAAUAACUGACAUCCCCAAAACUCAGUUUCAGGAUCCAUUGACAUAUAUUUGAGCACAUGUUUUCAAUUAGCAUCAACACUGACGUAUUGUUUUCUAAUAUUAGUCUACAAUGCCUCGGUUAUUGCCUUAUUCUUUAUUGUUUCCAGGCUUAUUUCUUAAUACUCUGUCCCAAGAGAAAAAUACUGAUUGUAUUAGUUCAAGUUGAAAGAUAUUGCACCUUUGCUAGAUUUGCUCUGCACUGGACACAUUUAAAACCGUUUUAACUAUUAUAUUCUUUAUGGGUAAACCCAGUGUAUUUUAUCAAGUUAAAGUAUGAAGCUCUGAUUCUCUCUUUUUUAAUUUUUUGAUAAAAACAAUGCUCUGAAAUUCCUACAUUUAGCAAACACGUAGUCUUCCUUUUGGAAGUUUGGGGUUAAACAGAAGAGCUGUAUAGCUGUGUUCAUAUGGCUUGUACUAUGGCCUGUGGAAAAGAUGUGAUAUCACAAGAAGCAACAAGCUUUCCAGAACACAUCAAGUACUCGUUUGUAAGACAACUGGAUUUUACACCUUACCUUUAAGAAGGAACAACACGGCAUGUAAGUUCGAUCCACUGUUGCUCUAAUUAUUAACCUGGUCCUCACAAUAAAUCAGGUCAAAAUCAAA